UUUAAGAAUUUGUCAAUUUUGGUUCGAUAUGGGUUCUCUACCAAAAUGGGAAAUAAGAGCAUAUUUUCUUCCCUGGAUCGGAGUUACUAUCUACGGAGUGCUUCGAGUCCUUAUUACAUCUUUCAAUGUUACCCAAAGAGUCAUGGACGGUUUGGAUCUCGGCAUGUGGCCACUGGGUAAAUACAAGGACAAUGGAGAUACACAGUGGACACUAUGGAUCCACAUAUUUGGACCACAAGCUCUUUCCGGGUUGAUGGGGCAUUUUGUUGUUGCACGGAUAUGUGAGCUGCCUUUCCUCGGGGUUGUCCAACACAAGUUCAACGCAUGCGCCGUGUAUACGGCCGCGUUCUUGUAUUACGUCAUCGGCCUACAGUACGUCAUCGUGCUCCUGUUUCAUACCGUCAUCAUGUACGUCAUCGCUAGGUCAAGGGUUACCUGGUUCUGUUGGCUGUACGGUCUGAUAGUGUUCGAAGGACUGACCUUCGAACCGUUCAGAACUUUGCAGCUCGGUGAUCAUCGGGACCAACCCUACUACAUGCCUCACGUGACCUCCGUUACCAUGGUAACAAGCAUCAUGCGUCUCAUCAGUCUGGGACUGGACUUGUGUCAACAACAGGAGGAAACAAAGAAUGAGGGAGAGAAAAAGGAGAGAAAGAAAAACGGACAGAAGGAUGAGUCUUCCAUCUUGGAGUGUCUGGUUUACAUUUUCUACAUGCCGACCUUUUUCUUGGGUCCGUUGAUGACGUUUCAAAAUUUCAAACAAGAAAUGCAUCAGAAUCAUCGCGCAUGCGGCGUAGCGGAAGUCUGGAGUUUCCUGGUUUCCUGUGCGCGCUAUGCAUGUUGGGGGUUGCUGUUGGAGUUCCUAUACCAUCAUUUCUUCAUCCACAUGAUCCACAGAACCUUCUUCCUACUUCAAGCCUUGGACAUGUGGACACUGGGUGGUAUAGCAUUCCUGCAGUGCCAGUGUUUCCAGCUGAAGUACACAGUUCUGUACGGGCUGGUCGGUACGUUCGCCCGAGCAGACGGGAUCGUCACCCCGGGAACUCCCAAACUCAGCGCCGGGAUCUACACGUUUCUCGACAUGUUGAAGAAUUUCGACAAAGGCCUCCACAAAUGGAUGUUGAGGCAUGUGUACAUUCCGCUCGGCGGGUCCAGACGAGGUUUGCCCCGCCAGAUUGUCAGCUCCUUCGCGCCGUUCCUGGUCCUCGCCAUCCGCGGUGAAGCAGACAUCUCUGUCAUCGUGUGGGCCGCGGUCAGCUGGGCCGGGCUCGUUCUCGAAACUCUCGCGAGACUAGCAGCGAGAACUCAAUACAUCCAGAAGAAGUACAGGCUGUCCGUUGCAUCAGAGCGUCGACUGUCGGCGCUCUUCCAUGGCUGUCUCCAGGCCCCGGCUUUCAUCAGUACGCUCGUCUUGCUAGGGGGCGUCAGCGUGGGGAGGGUCUACCUGUUCAAGACAUAUGUCAUCGCCCUAUCUGUCAAAUAA